GCAGUGGUUAGAAGGGGAAGAGAAGAACUACUAGAUUCUAGCUAAGAAAACAGGUCCUGCUUUCCAGCCAGCAUGUCGGAUCAAAGCCCCUUUGAAACAGAUAUGCUAACCCUGAACCGAUUUGUCAUGGAGAAAGGACGACGGGUGAAAGGGGCAACAGGAGAACUGACUCAGCUUUUGAACUCAAUGCUCACUGCCAUCAAGGCCAUCUCAUCAACAGUCCGAAAGGCAGGUCUUGCUCAUAUGUAUGGAAUAGCAGGAAGCAUGAAUGUGACUGGCGACGAGCAGAAAAAACUGGAUGUGUUGUCCAAUUCUCUGGUUAUCAACAUGCUGCAGUCCUCCUACAGCACUUGCGUCCUGGUCUCUGAAGAGAAUAAUGAAGCAAUUAUCACCCCAAAAGAAAAGAGGGGUAAAUAUGUGGUGUGCUUUGAUCCACUAGAUGGCUCAUCCAAUAUAGACUGUUUAGCCUCAAUAGGAACAAUAUUUGCAAUUUACAAGAAGGCAUCUGAGGAUGAGCCUUCUGAAAAGGACGCCUUACAAGCCGGACGCAACAUUGUCGCAGCAGGCUAUGCUCUAUAUGGCAGUGCGACACUAGUUGCUCUUUCAACAGGGCAAGGAGUGGACUGCUUUAUGUUGGACCCGGCUCUUGGUGAGUUCAUUUUGGUGGAAAAAGAUGUGAAAAUCAAGAAGAAAGGAAAAAUCUAUAGUCUUAAUGAAGGUUAUGCGAAGUACUUUGAUCCUGCUGUGACUGAGUAUUUACAAAAGAAGAAAUUUCCUGAGGAAGGGACAGCUCCCUAUGGAGCCAGAUAUGUAGGGUCCAUGGUGGCUGAUGUUCACCGUACCCUGGUGUAUGGUGGGAUAUUUUUAUAUCCAGCUAACCAGAAGAGCCCCAAAGGAAAGCUGCGGCUCUUGUAUGAGUGCAACCCCAUAGCUUUCAUCAUUGAACAAGCUGGCGGAAUAGCUACUACAGGCACCGAGGCGGUGCUGGAUGUAAAGCCAGAGUCUAUUCAUCAGAGAGUCCCUUUUGUUGUCGGUUCUCCAGAGGAUGUUCAAGAAUACCUCACUUUUGUACAGAAACACCAGAAAAGCAGCUAGUGACCCUCCAAAUUACCCCAUCUAUUAGCUUUUGCACUAUGUCCUGGGAAAAAUCUGAUGUUGCAAAGUAAAAGAAAUGUCCAUUCUGAUGAUCACAACAGAGAAGGGGUUUUCCCUCACUCUUAAAAAAAAAAGAUUUCUUCCUCUCACUAAAAAUAUCUAGUUGGUCAUUUUUUAAAGAAAAAACAAGAACAAAACAUGGGUCUUUUUGAAUGAACUGAGUACCUCUUUUUCUCAGACAACCUUUGCAUGUGAAAGUUCAGUCCUCACGUCUAACUGAAUUAUCUGCUGUUUUUUCCCUCCAUCAAAUCAAACACUGUGUCCACUCUUGUGACCUAUGAGGUCAUGGGUUUAUCUCCAUUUAGAUUUGAUCAAAACAAGAAUGCACUUUUUUCCAAAUGGUGUGUCCACACUGUUGGGAACUUUGCAUCACCAGCCCGGCCCAGAUGUGUACAGAUUAAAAUGGUUUUUCUUGUUUUGUUUUGCACAUAUAUUAUGCACACCAAACAUUUACAAGAUGAUUUUACUUUCAGCUAGCUAACACAAAUAACUCACACAUCUUAAAGCUCCCCAGAUUUGUUUUUCCCAAAAGCAUAAAGAAUAGAUUGUUAUGCCUACAUAGCAAAGAUGUUUCUGGUACCUUGACAAACAAAGUUUAAAGAGAGAUUCCAGUGCAAGAUUCCAAUACUAAAGUUCACAGUUUCUAUUCAAUUUGGACUUGGUUAGAUCUCUGGAUAUGACCCUACUGCUGGGGAAUCAUGUAAGCAUAUCUAGAACAACUAUCUUACCCCAUGGAAGGUUUCUGAAUGAUUUAUUUUGUUCUAUUUUAUGUACAGUUGGACCCUGUAUAAGAAUAUAACAGAUCUAUUUAUUUAGUUUAAUAUUUGUAGCCCAUUUUUUUGAAAAAAAAUAAUGAUUUAGAAUAAAAGAGCAUUGUUGCCCAUGUUUUUUACAAUUAUUCUUCAGUAUCAUUUGACAUCUGAGAUCAACACGGUCUGCAUCUCACAAAAUUGGCUUGACUUCUCAGUAAUUAAUCUGUUAAUCUUUGAGGUUCCAUCAGAGUCCCUAAUUGCCUCUCCUGCUAUAUCACUAUUUUAUACAAAAUUCCAAGCUGCCUCAUCAAGUUGAAAUCCCAUACCCGCUUCUUAAUAUUCUUUUAAGGCAUAGAGAAUAGCUUGUUGUGUUUGAUAUAAAAGCUAUUUGUGUGUUAGAUUUAUACCCUGCCUUUCCUUCAUGAGCAAAAGUUGGCUUCCGUGGCAUUUUUUCCUGCAUACUAUAUUUUUCCUCCCAACAUUCCUGGACUGAGAGUAUAUGAGAAUGACUAGACCAGCAACCCAGUGAAACUAAAACCUGUGUCUUCCUAGUCCUAGUUUAAAGCCAUAACUACUACCUGAUUCUCCUCUGAAGAUAUUCCUCUGAUUUCAAAUGAUGUUGUUACACACUGUUCUUCAAAUAUUGCUGAUGUUCUUG